UCCCCUCUACAGUGCCUACACAUUUGAUCCCAAAUGCAAGAGCGACAGUGUAAGGAAAGACGACUGGCACGUCGAGCCACAGAUUUCAGGUUACCAAAUUAGAAAUAUGGUCCGUGAGGGAGACUUGAGAAACCUUGGACUAGACAACGUCGAUAUUAAAAGAAGUCAAGCCGUGAGCAGAGACUACGAGCGUACCGGAUAUGAUCGUGGACACCUGAACCCCAGCAGCUUCAGCUGUGGUGAUGGCCGUACGGCGACAUUCACUCUGACCAAUGCCGCACCGAUGAUCUGGCGUUUCAACCGUGUCCACUGGAGAGAGCGGGAGAUGACUUUGAGGAGUUUUUUACUAAACCAGCUUAAGAGAGAUGGUGGUUUAGCAACAGCCUACAUUGUGACAGGUACGGUACCUAAUGCAAAUGUACGGAUACCACAAAGGGAAAACUCUGAAGACUCUGAAAGGGUGUGGGUGCCCUCUCACAUCUGGACGGCUGUCUGUUAUAAACACCACUUUGAUGACAGUAAGUCUUUCUCCUUCGGCUAUAUUACAGAAAACCAGCCAGAAGAGCCUCUCAUGAACCUGAUGCGUGUCUCAGACCUGGAUUAUCAGCUCAGCUUACUCUACCAUGAGCUCGUAGGACCUCGACGGACAGUUAACAUUAACAUUUUUGUGGAUGGUUGUUUUGGUGACAAUAAUAAAUUAAACAUGGUAAAAAUAUUAAUGAAUCUUCCAGGGAAACAGGGAGUCCAAAUAAUGGAUCCAUCGUCCAUAGCCUUUGCCAGCAUGAACACUUACAAUACUAUGGCAGAGGAUCUGAAGGUUUUUUCUGGAAGGGCUUGUCUUAUAACUCAUGUCAAAUCACACAGAAUUUUGCGUGAUGAGCUCAGGAAGAGGGAUGUGUCCGAGUGGCCGGACGCUGUUGAAUGCCUGGUGGUCCCAGAGAAGCAGAAGACUGCAGCUGAUGGAUCGCAGUGCUCAAGCUUCAGUGACUCUGUUUACAGCUGUCAGUGCACCUCAGGAGGUCUAAUCAUGCCCUGCUGCUCCUCUCCCUGCCUGUACCAGCCCUAUCUCAAGAGCUACAGGUGUAACUCAGGCCGGACGCAGAUAGAGUGCUCACCGCAGUCCUCGCUCAUCACGGCUAAAGGAGAGAGGUGCAGGUAUGAUCACCCCUGCGCCACAUACGGCUACGACUACUACUGGUGUAAAACUCAUGGUUUCUUUAAAGAUGGCUGGGAUUACUGCAGUCCUCCGCUGUGGAGCAGUAAAGCUAAGAACGGGAAGUUCUGCCGCAGUGACCAUGCCUGUGCCAGAUAUGGUUUAAGUGAGCCGUGGUGCUACACGGAUACUAAAGGCAGUCAUGACCAGUGCUGUACUUCUGAUGACUGCUACUCUGCUGUGAACGGCAAAACCUGCAGGUCUGAUCAUAAGUGUGGAGACCAUGGGUAUAACUGGGAUUACUGUUGCAAAAAAUGUGCAUAG